AUGCUAGAAAAAUAUCUGAAUCCAAACUAUAUUCGAACACUUCUACUAAAUCCCAAUGGUGCUAAACAAGAUUGUAUUAAUUUUGCGAGAUUCUGCGCGGCAUAUUAUUUGGAUUUCACACUUUUUGAGCCCAAAGAUGGUGAAAAUCUUCCAUCGUUGUAUAUUUGGGAAAGUUUGACGGAAAAAGGUGAGAAAGAGUUUUAGAUAUUUUCUUUUUUUUUUUCGUUCGAACUUCUAAAACUCAUUUUUUCAGACCGGAAAGAUGUGAAAAUUGCGGAUCGAAGUGUUAUAAGUCAAAAACUUCCAGUUGAAUAUUCUCCAGCUCUUCCAGCUUUGCUUUUAGUGAAAUGUAACAAUAUAAUCGAAGCAAUCUCAUACUUAGAUCAUUUCGAUGAUAAAAGAUCUGCCCUGAUUUUACGACUUCUCGCUGAUUCGAUUUAUAAAAAAGAUCUAACAACGGAAUAUAUUCGAGCAAUGAUUGUGGAAAAUAUUGCGAUGGAAAUCGAACGAAUUAUCGAGAAACCUGAAGAACUCCCAAAAUUCACUGCAAAACUCACUGAAUCGAUUCUAGAAUUGGAUGUUGGACUAAAUCGAGAUAUUCUAGGAUUCCUCGAAGCUUCGCUUUUGAAUUCUGCAGAAUAUUUUUUUAGUCAAUUGCCUCUAGAAACUUCUUAUUUAACAUUAUCCAAUCCGGUUUUCGGAUUUCCUGAAAAAUCCGAAAUGUUUAGCGAGGAAGGUCGAAUAUUCUCACAAAUUUGGUGCAAUAUUUAUAUGGUUUUGAGCUCGCUGACCAAAACAAAUCGGCUCAUUCAACAACUAACCUAUACUUUCAAAUUAGUCGCGGAUGAUGAGAAUCAAGAAGUCUCCCCUGGUUUUGCUCUGCCACGUGUCAUGUUGCUCAUGUUAAGAUUAGCAUUUCGUCAGAAGUUUAGUGAUGCUUUACGGAAAAAUGAGAAAGAUCGAAUCGCAUCGCUUGCAAAACAAUAUAAAAUAUUGCUCAAUGAUGAAGUUACGGAAAAUCAAAUUAUUCGAAAUUGGUCGAAAUCUGCAUCGGAAUCAGAUAUGGAAUUGAUUGAAACGUUUUUCGAUUUUAUAAAUGCGAAUUUCAAACAAUCUUCAAAUCUUCCGGCUUUGUCAUUUACUACGAGGGAGAUUUGGUUGAGACGAAUUAUUUUUAAUAAUUCCGAUGAUUAUCGAGAUCAAAGGGAGGAGAGGAAUAUUGAUUGGUUUCGGACAAUUUGUCAUCCAACACAUAGGGUUAGGUUUUACUGAAAACUUGAACGGCUGAAGAUUCUGGCCCCUCGCUUUGGGCACUAAACUAACUCCCUUUUUCAGGUCAACGACAUGACUCUCUCCCAAAUGCUCUUCGUGAAUUCUCAAUGGUCCCCACCAGGUUUCACCUUCAUUUCACCCGGCUGCCACGCUCUUCGUCUCUCCAUCCACCCCCACGAUCUUUGCCUUGGAACAUCAGCAAAUCUACCGGAUUUCAGUUUAUCUGCCAGAGAUGUUCUAUACACUCCGAUCUCUGAAAUUUCACUGUCCGAAUUGAAAAAUGAUCGGAUGUUUAGCCCAAGAGCUGUCGAAACAUUUAUCGAAAAAUCGAGAUCGAAAACGAGUCGAAGACCAGUUUUGAAGCCGAUUGAUGAAAAGAUUCGAGAAUUUGCAAAACAACAGGAUGAUUUGUUGAAAGAAUUGGAAGAGGAACGAGAUUUCUUGACAAGCGCAAUGAGUUCAACUAUCUCUCAAAUAGAUAAGCCAGCUGCAAAUCGAAAUCCAGAAAUCACAUCAGAACUCUCGAAACAAAUUCAAAUCCUCACUGAAAAAUUGGACAACGUUGUCAGAAAUAUAAAUAUGAAUAUGAGAGAACAAAAUGAGCCCGUAGGCGGAUAUAUUCGAGAAUAUGAUGACGUGGAAUCUCUAGCACCUCUAGAUCUUGUUUAUACUGAUCAUAUUGAACAUCAAGAUGUUUCUCAGGAUGUGACUCCCGUAGAGAAGCUGAAUUUCAGUCUACUUUCUGGAAGAGACACUCCCCUGGACACUGCAAAAACACUAUUUGAGGAAAAUCCACUUUUCGAACCUUCUUUGACACCAAAAAUCCCACCAAAAACAUUCCCACAAAUUCCUGUUGAAUGGAUGAAACUAUUGCCUUUGGAGAGCUCAACAUCCACCAGAAAUAUUCUCCAUAUGAGCCAAAAUGAGCCCGAUAAGCGCAAGAUUUUCAGCGAGAGAGCUGUGCAGGCAGAUUUUCAGAGGGCUGAAAAUGAGACACAGACUGCUGAUGGAGUACCGCGCGCGGAAAAGAAAUCGAUUAUUGGUGAGAGGCGGAUGAGUCGAGAGGAUAUUGAUCAAGUUUUGAGGAAGGUUAAGCAAUGA